GGAACCGCGAAAAGAUCUUGCAAAAACCCACGAGACCGAAACCAAGAAAAAGGAUUUUAAAUCCUUUUGCAACGCUGUGUGAACUAAUCAAACAACAUACAAUCUACUCUAAAGAGUAACGAAAUCUGUGGCCGCGGUCCGGGUGUCCCGGAAGGAAGCCAGAAAAACCUAUGAGUGAACAACAACAUUCCUCAAAAUCAUAAAAUGCCUGCGCACUGUGUAAUUCAGGAUUGUAAUUUAAGGUACACGCACAGCGAAGAAGUUUCCUUCCACAAGUUUCCACUUCGGAAUCGGGAGUUACUGAAACGGUGGAUCGAAUUCGCGAACCGCAACCAAAAUUGGAGUCCGAGCAAAUGGAGCUGCAUCUGCAGUCGCCACUUUCUACCGUCCGACUUCCGGGACUGUGCUUUGCGAAGGAAUCUUUCUUCCAGUGCCAUCCCAUCGAUCCGGGCUCCUUUGAAGGAGCCUGCACCUUACGAUAUGAACCAGCAACAGCCGCAAGAGCUACCGCAGCGAGGUGAUGAAUACUAUACUACGGAGGAGUUGGAAGGCCAAUUCUACGGAGCAGCAGGCGAAGGCAUGGAAACGGAAGAGAUUCCAGAAGAUGAAGACACUCCCUUGGCCGACAUCAGCUGUCGAGUUUGUGGCGAGGUGUUUGGUGGAGCAGCGGAAAAGCUGCUCGCGGAUCUGAGUGAAUCGUUGAUCGUGAUAGGCAAAUAUCUGCCCUUUGUAAAUCUCACUUUGCCCAAUUUACCCCGGAAAAUCUGUGCCCACUGUUCGAAGGUGGUGCACGAGUUUGCCACUUUCUGCGAGAAGGUUCUGCAAGCUCAAACCGAUUUGGAGCACCGAUUCGCUUGGAAUGAUGCGACUAUAUCGGAACAUCCGUCGCCAACGGUAUCAAGAGGCCCAUUGGAACUGGGAGGCACUAAAGUAAUGAAAAUCAAACAGGAACCUAUCACCAAUCUGUACAUCAAAGAGGAGAAGACCGAAGUAGUGGCAAACAGUGCCAACCACCGACUGAAGGAAACGUUACAGCAGCCAGAGGCCCUCAUCUACCACCAGCCUGUGCAAACCAUUGCUACUAAUAAGAAUGGGAUCAUUUACUUCGGGAAUGUGGCGACAGAGCACGGAUCCCGGAGUGAUACACCGCAGCAACAGCAUGCGCCUUAUCGGGAAUCGACGAAAAAUUGUGAAAUACUCGAAAUCGUAAACCUCUACCCACCGAUCGUGGACAUUACAAGUGCUACGAUCAGGGAAGUGCAACCAUGCGAGGUCGAACUCACCCCGGCGCUACAACCUUCGAGUGGGCCACAAACUGUAUGUCGUCUGAAAGUGGAGAACACGACCGAUCCUGAAGGGGAAAUAGAUGAUUACUAUCUGCCCGAGCCGAUGUCUUUUAUUCAAACGCUCGAGGAGCAUAACUACACCAAGUUACCUAUCCAAGCGGACGACAAGGAUGAAAUAUUUAACAGUCUUAAAGCUACGGUAAACGAAAGCCAACAAGAAUCGAUCACAGCUGGUGAUUCGAUCGAGAAGAUUCAUUCAGUACCAGAGGAAGCUAGUAGAGGUUGUGGCAGCUGUGGUGAACUUUUUACGCGACGUCGGCAAUUACUUUGCCAUCGAGUGUUGAUGUGUCCGGAACGGCGCAGAACGUACCAGGUACACUGCCCCCUUUGCAAACGAAAAUUUUCUUCCUGGUUCCGCUUGAGAGUGCAUAUGGUUUGCAGGUGUCCUAGAAGAUUGGUAAAGCGUAAAAAAAAGUCGAUCACCAAGCAAUCCGAUCCUGUCACGGCUAGAAAUUUGGAUUCCGAGCUUCAACCGGGAGAUGAGGUCCUGAUAACACGAUAUCCCUGCUCGUUAUGCGAUCGAUCAUAUGGUGCUCCCUCGGCCAUGCGCCGUCACCUUGCAGCGCACCGCCCCGAAGAACAGUGGAACCACAAAUGUGGCGUUUGCUUUAAAGUUGUCGAUAGAUUGCUCGAUUUAAAGAGACAUCUGCGGAUAUCUUCCUGUGGUAAUCCCAUACUAGUCAAUAGGAUCGCCGAACAAUCUGCCCCAGGAGUAGAAGUGUCUGAUGAAAAACCGGUUACCCCAACCGUGGACAUAUCGUCCACAGCGAUCGAUCGCUUACUAUAUGUUUGCCCAACUUGCAACAAACAGUUUCGAUGGUAUAGCAAUCUUAAGACACACGAAGCAGUGCACACAGGCGUGAAGGCAUUUAUCUGCGAAUCCUGUGGAAAACGUUUCAGUGGACAGGCGCAUCUGCUGCAACACCGCUUGACACACUCCGAAGUACGGCGGUUCCAGUGCCAGCAGUGUCCCAAAGUAUUUAAGCGCAGCGGUGGCCUAAACCAGCACGUGCGAGCUGUGCAUUUGAAAAUCCGACCAUUCCGCUGUGCCACCUGUGGUUACCAGUUUGCACUCCGGGCUGAUAUGACGCGUUGUCGACAUUCCAAGUUAAAGGAAGCGGACACUUGUUAGCCGAAUCGAUGAAAAUGUUCUUGUGUUGCCGUCUUGCUACAACUUCCGAUAUCUUCUGUGCCUCUUCCCAGUGACGCAUGCAAUCUCCAGCGUUUUACUCAG